GCACGAGGAAGCUACGUCGAACGGCCAAGCCGAGGCGUGGUCGUCGCGGACACUGCCUCCUCACACCUCCUCCGUCGCGUCACAGAGCGAAUUGUCGCGGUGCAGCGGCUCAGCUCGCCCUAAACCCUACCAUCACCGCGCCAUGGCCGCCGACGUAGGGAUUAGCCGAGGACCGCCGUGCAGGAGACCCGUCACCGCCGUGCAGGAUGACGCCACCGCCGUGCAGCCGGGCCAGCGCCCCGCUCGUCACCGAGGUAACCCCUCCGCCGGGCCACUGCUCAGCGCUGCAAUGCGACGCAACAGCUACCGGCUCCGCGCUAAUUGUGCUAGCGCCGGCCCGCACACCGCCGCCGUCCCACACGUCGCGCGACCCCGCGCGCCGCCGCACGCAGGGACUUAAUCUGGCGAGGCUCGAGGGGGCGGCGGUGAGGAGGAUGGCGGCACUGGGAGCAGUUGGGAGGCGAAGAGGACGCCGUCUUCGGACGGGCGACGGGGCAAGGCGGGGGCGGCGCUAAGGCUCGGGGCCGGGGACCGCGACGCGGGACGGGAAGCGGGGGCGGAGCGGUACUUUCGGGCGAUGCGGGUGAGGGAAAAGGCGAUGCCGUGCCGGUCUGCCAGAUCCAGAGCGGCGGCAGCCAAGAUGGCCGUGACGGCGGCAGCCUUCUUCGCUCGGCGGCCAUGUCGCCCCUGCGCCAGACUAGGGCUCGGGGUCGGCGCGCAGUGCAGGACGGGGCGGCGGGGGCUCCGCACAAAACCGUCCGCGGGGGUUUUACGGCAAAAUCGACGUAAAUUCGGAGUUUUAUCUUCUUUGCGUAAAAAUAGUUUGGAAUGUAGGAGGUUUUAUGUAAGAAAUUUGAGCGCUAUUCACUGUAGCUCCAGGGGUUACUUGGACAGCGUGUUGAUUUCAGGAACAAGUAAGGGCUUUCCGCAAAAAGUUAUGCACGCGUGUGGGGAUCCCAGGCCCAGCGGAGCGACGCGGGUUUCCGCCAGGAAGCCGGAGCUGAUCCAACUUACGUGCACUAUUAACCUCAUCGUCUCGUCGACUCAUCCUUAUCUAUCCACCACCUCACCUCACGUCGCGCCCGCACGAAGCCACCCGUACUUUCUCGGCCGCCCCACCGCUGCCGACUCCCACGUGUCGCGCCGCCACCGGCGCUCCCAGCGCGGCCGUGUGGCCCGCCGUGCGGCCCGGCGCCUUCCCGAAACGGAACGGCCGCCCACGCCCGCGCUAGCGUCCCUCCCCGGCGCCUGGGCCCCACGCUGACGCGCGC